AUCUAGCUUUGAACAACACAUCUGGAAGAUCACAUAAUAUUAAAAGAUUGAACCUGUCAAGACAGUAAGACAAUUGAGAUGGAAUGUUGCAGCUCACUAUCCACCUACCUCGGCAGAAUCCUACCAAGAGGUAACCUUGAUGUCAAUUGUGCCACUCGAAUGGGUCGCUCGUGCCUCAUUAAUACGGUAAUACCUGGUCAUCAAACUGCCACUCCUUUCCUUUCUUCCUUCCUCCCUCGUCUCGUUGCAUGGUGAGAUGCGUACUUCGUAAUCGCCUGGCACCAGUUCGCUUUCUUCUUGCCCUUUCAUCUAUGAACUCCCUGGGUCCGCCAAUGUUGACCACCCAAAACUUUCCAUCCUCAAUUCAGUCAACUACCAGUAGAACCAUCGCCACCACUCGCCCCUAUCUAGUUGCACACGGAAUCUCCUUCGAAUCAACAUCAUCCGGGUUUUAAACCAACUCAUCUCAAAAUUAUUUGAUAUGGCGGCCAAUCGUUUUUUGAUCUGGGGGGGCAAGGGCUGGGUGGCUAGCCACCUUGAAAGCAUUCUGAAGAGUCAAGGGAAGGAGGUCUACAUGACCACAGUCCGCAUGGAAGACCGCGAAGCUGUCAAGGCCGAGUUAGACAAGGUCAAGCCCACACAUGUAUUGAACUGCGCCGGGUGCACCGGGCGCCCGAAUGUCGACUGGUGUGAGGACCAUAAGGAGGAAACUAUGCGGUCUAACGUUAUCGGCACCCUCAACCUGACGGACUGCUGUUCCCUCGCCGGCAUCCACUGUACCGUCUUUGCCACCGGCUGUAUCUACCACUACGAUGAGGCCCACCCCAUUGGUGGACCAGGAUAUACGGAGACAGACCCCGCCAAUUUCAAGGGCAGCUUCUAUUCUGAGACGAAGGGUCAUGUCGAGGAGGUCAUGAAGUAUUACCCUAACUGUCUGAUCUUGCGUCUGCGUAUGCCUGUUUCAGACGACCUCCACCCUCGCAACUUCGUCACCAAGAUCAGCAAGUACGAACGGGUAGUCGAUAUACCCAACAGCAACACCAUACUAACCGACCUACUGCCCGCAUCGGUCCUAAUGGCUGAGCACAGGGAGACGGGUGUCUACAACUUCACCAAUCCAGGUGCCAUAAGCCACAACGAGGUGCUAUCUCUCUUCAGAGAUAUUGUCCGCCCCGGUUUCACAUGGAAGAAUUUCACUAUCGAAGAACAAGCCAAGGUGAUCAAGGCUGGUCGUAGCAAUUGCCUGUUGGACACAACCAAGCUGGAGAACAAGCUUAAAGAAUAUGGAUACACAGUUCCUGAGAUACACGAGGCUUAUAAGCGAUGUUUCGAGAGAAUGAAGGCCGGGGGUGUCAAAUAAAGGCAGUGGUCGCAAUUCGCGCUAGCGGUUGGGGUCAAUCAGGCUGAGCAUACUUGCCUACCCGGAGAGAAGGGCAUUGUGGAAUAAACUACAAUUCUUUUGCCCAAGAAACAGAGCAGACGGCCGAUAGUCAGCUUUGGCUCGAAUACGCUAGAGCGAAAUGGAGCUCAAUGAACCGGCUACCCAAUGAUUCCUCGCUGAUAUGGUAUUUCGGGAGUCUAAACCCGGACUUGGCUGGCAUCUGUUUGGGCCAAGAGGCCAAUCUAACUGCUAUAUGUAGUUCAUUAGAUGGUCUGUGCAAGAACAUGAUAACUUGAAGUGAUUAGGUAUUCAAGUUAAAUGCCAGUACCUAUGUGCUCUCCUUAUCUGUUAAUGGGCUUUAUUUCCCAUACACCGGUACAUGUAAGCAUUCCAUUGGGACUGGAGGUAAGUAGCAUAGCAGCAACAUGUGAAAUGGCGGGGAGAGGGAGGUUACAUGUAAAAGGAUACCCAGGUACAUAUCGAUGUACACACCCAAGACACCUUAGGUACGAAGUAAUUCAUGUUCCUUAGAUACCUACGUAGGUACCUCUACCUAGGUACUGAGAGAUGUUGCGCCACACAACGGGUGACGUGGCUGAGAGACCUCUUCUAGGUACAGCACUUCCCAUCCAAGUUGCGAACACAUCAUAUCUGUGGCGCACGAUUGCGAGGAAACAGUCAGACCAAGAUGAUGG